UGGCAACCCAACCGUAGUGUGAUGGUGUGCAUCCCUCCUUCCCCUGGCCGCGGCUUGGCUUCGGGUCUCCUCAUCGAGUCCAACUCGAAAGGCUCCACUGCUCCAGGUGCUUCGCUCCACCAGCUGACGACAUGGCCUCGCCGGCGACCGGCGAUUCCGAUCAGGUACUGGUGGAAGCAAAUGGCUCUACACGGACAUUGGUUUUGAAUAGGCCAAAGCAGUUAAAUGCUCUCUCCUCUGCAAUGGUUACAGGACUUCUGAAAUGUUUCACUUCUUAUGAGGAAGAAAACACAGUUAAACUGUUGAUUGUCAAGGGGAAAGGAAGAGCAUUUUGUGCUGGAGGUGAUGUUGCUGAAGUCGCCCAAUCUAUAAAUAAUGAUACCUGGAAAUAUGGUGCUGAUUUUUUCCAUACUGAAUUUUUGUUAAACUAUAUCAUUGCAACUUAUAGCAAACCACAGGUUUCUCUACUUACUGGAAUUGUCAUGGGUGGAGGUGCUGGUGUUUCUAUACAUGGAAGGUUUCGGGUUGCCACAGGGAACACGGUUUUUGCAAUGCCAGAAACAGCACUGGGACUCUUUCCAGAUAUAGGGGCUUCUUAUUUUCUUUCUAGACUACCUGGGUUCUAUGGAGAGUAUGUUGGCCUUACUGGUGCAAGAUUGGAUGGUGCAGAAAUGCUUGCAUGUGGCCUGGCAACUCAUUUUGUCCCUUUGAACAGGAUGCCACUGCUUGAAGAAUCACUUAAAAAGGUGGAUACUUCUGAUCCAUUUGCUAUAUGUGGAAUUAUUGAUCAAUUUUCACAACAGCCAUCUGUGAAAGGAAGUAGUGCUAUGAAUAGGAUGGAAAUCAUCAACAGAUGCUUCUCCAAAAGAACAGUCGAAGAAAUCAUAUCCGCUCUUGAACAAGAAGCUCCAAGUGUGGCCGAUAAAUUGGUUACUGCUGCAAUCCAGUCAUUGCGGAAGGCUUCUCCUACUAGUCUGAAAAUCUCUCUCGCAUCGAUAAGAGAAGGGAGACUGCAAACUGUUGGUGAGUGCUUGCGCCGAGAAUAUAGAAUGGUUUGCCAUGUGAUGCGCGGUGACUUCAGCAGAGAUUUCUUUGAGGGAUGCAGGGCGAUACUUGUAGAUAAAGAUCGAAACCCAAAGUGGAUGCCGCGAACUCUGGAUCAAGUGCAUGAUGGGGUAGUUGCAAAAUAUUUCUCCAAGGUCGACGAUCCACAGUGGGAAGAUUUGAACCUACCAACUAGGUCUUCCCAUGGAAGAAGAAUUGUUCCCAAGCUCUGAUGGAAGUCUCAUGCGGAGGAUUCAGAUGAAGCCUUGACGGGUGCUCGUGAGUAAAACAUAUGUCUUGAAUGAAUCCAUAGACAUAACUGAUGGAAUAAAUCGGAAGUACAUCUUGUAGAUAGAUUAACUGUUAUUACCACACAAAUUUCUUUAUCAGUUGCUACUAGUAUAAUACUGGAAGGAAGUUGUAAGUGUUAGUGAUAUAAUCCUGGCUGCGGUUGCUCUCCAAAGCUGGAGCUUAUGUUA